UUUAAUUUCUCAGGUCAACGUGCGCCGGCCUUCUUCCAAACUCUUCUAAUCUUGAUCUGUUCCUGCCAUUCUUUCUUCUCCUUCUUCUCUCGUCAUGGCUUCCUCUGCUUCUCCCUACCUCCAACUACUCUCCUUCCUCUUAUUCCUUCCCUUCCGUUGCCAUGCCGGACGUGUCGCUACCGAGUUCCUCUACCCCAACUUCUCCGCCACUUACUUCCACUUCGUCGACAGCGAUGGCGUCUUCCUCUCAUCCUCCGCCUUCUCCGUCGCCUUCCAUAACCCCGACGGCCAGGAUUCUCCACACUAUAUCGUCGUCCUCCACGCCCUCUCCGGCGCCACCGUCUGGACUGCCAACGCCGCCUCCCCCGUGCCCCCUUCCGCUACCCUCUCGCUCACCGCCUCCGGCCUCGCCCUCUCCCUUGCUAAUGGUUCACUCGCCUGGUCGACCCCGGGACUCUCUGCCCCCGUCUUCGCCCUCCAUCUCCUCCCCUCUGGUGAGCUCCGCCUCCUCGACGACGCCAACGCAUCCCUUUGGUCCUCCUUCAACCAUCCCACGGACACUCUCCUACCUAACCAGCUCCUCCCUGUCUCUUCCUCCCUCACCUCCGCCGUCUCCGGCAACGACCCGUCCCCUGGCGAUUAUCGCCUCCUCGUCACCCCCGGAGACGCCGUGCUCCAGUGGAAUCCAACCUCACGGCUCUACUGGUCGCUCUCGUCUGACGCUCGCUCCGCCAAAGAUUCCAAUUUGCAGGUUGGUUACUUCUCCGUCAACGCUACCGGGCUUUACCUCCUUGCUAGCGAUCGGGAAACUGCCGUCUUUAGGAUGAUCUUCCCCCCAUCGGCUUCGUCCUUCUCCGACGAGUUCUACAUGGCGAAACUGGAUCCAUCUGGUCGGUUCCGGAUCAUAAGUUCCCCACUGAAUGAGUCGUUGUCGGCCGCCAUCUUCAACACCGAUUUCGUGGCGCCGAUCAACGACUGCGAUCUCCCAAACAUAUGUGGCCCACUGGGCAUCUGCGCACCAGGGACAAACAGCUCCACCUGCAGCUGUCCAGCAUCUUUCGGGGCGUUGCCAAGCGGCGGAUGCUCCCCCGUCGACGGCUCUGUUACGGCUAGCUCCUCAUGCCCUGGUGAGGGCGUCGCCGGAUCAACGGCGAGAUUUAUGAUCUUGGGGAAUCAAAUUGGCUACUAUGGAACCAAAUUCUCGGCGCCUAACACUUUCGGAACGAACAUCUCGACUUGCCAAGAUCUCUGUUCCGCCAAUUGCUCAUGUCUUGGUUUCUUCUACAGAGCCUCAUCCAAGUCGUGUUAUUUCCUUGAAUACCGAAUCGGUUCCCUCAUUUCUGUCGGCACGGUCAACGGAGGCGCCACGGCCGUCGGCUACGUGAAGACACUUAGCCAAGCAUCGCCGCCUUCCGGCAGUUCCUCUUCCGUCCGCUUCUUCAUCGUCUUAUUGCCAUCAACGGCCACGACUCUGCUGGUGAUCUCGAUUGCCAUCAUCUGCUUUGAAAGAUGGAGGAGGAACAAGCGCGGGAGCAACGACGUGACGCGGAGCAAAUCUGUCUCGAGCGGGCUGAAGUGGCCAACGCCCGCCGAGUUGUCCGAGGACGAGGAAGUGGAAAAAGAGGAAGAGAUCGCGAUCCCGGGCCUGCCUACCCGUUACACCUACGACGAGCUCUUAGAUGCCACCAACAACUUCCAGACGCCGAUCGGCUCGGGCGGGUUCGGCUGUGUCUACAAGGGGCAGCUCCUGGAUAAGUCCCUUGUUGCCGUGAAGCGGAUCAACGCCGCCAGCACGCAGCAGGGGCGGCGGGAAUUCUGCACCGAGAUCGCCGUCAUCGGCAACAUCCACCAUGUUAACCUCGUCCGCCUCCGCGGCUUCUGCGCCCAGGGCCGCAAGCGGCUGCUGGUCUACGAGUACAUGAACCGCAGCUCCCUCGACCGCGUUCUCUUCAGCCGUAACCCCGACCUGGUCGUCCUCGAGUGGAAGCAACGCCUCGACGUAGCGGUGGGUGCCGCGCGGGGGCUCGCUUACCUCCACUCCGGAUGCGAGCACCGGAUCAUCCACUGCGACGUGAAGCCGGAAAACAUCUUGCUCCACGACAACAACCAGGUGAAGAUUGCCGACUUUGGGCUGGCCAAAUUGAUGAGCCCUGAGCAGUCCGGGCUCUUCACCACCAUGCGAGGGACUCGCGGCUACCUUGCGCCGGAGUGGCUCACCAACGCCGCCAUCUCCGACAAAACCGACGUGUACAGCUUCGGAAUGGUACUCCUGGAGAUCGUUCGGGGGCGGAAAAAUCGCGCCGAGGAGAGUGGCAAGGAGUUGACCGAUUCUCCUUCUCCGUACUUCCCGAUGCUGGCACUGGAGAUGCACGAGCGGGGGACGUACGAGGAGUUGGCGGACCCGAGGCUGGAGGGGAAGGUGAACUGGGCGGAACUGGAGAGGGUAGUGAAGGUGGCGCUGUGCUGCCUGCACGAGGAGCCGGUGAGCCGGCCGAGCAUGACGGCGGUGGUGGCGAUACUGGAGGGCACGGUGCCGGUCGGCGAGCCGCGGUCGCAGUCGCUGUAUUAUCUGAGACUGUACGGACGCGGGUCCCGAGGACCGAACCUGCGGCGAGGGGGAUCGGCGACGAGCUCCACGAGUGCUGGGUCGUCGGCGUCGCCGCUGCUGCUCUCCUACAUAUCGUCGCAGGAGGUAUCGGGGCCGAGAUAGCACAGGCGUAGCAUCGUCGGGCAAUUGUGCAAGCUGAUGAUUGUACACUAGCUCUUAAUCUAAUUAAGAUUGCUUCCUGUGAAUGAAGGAAAAAACAAACGAUCGUGGAAAUAUUCCACUCGCCCUGUUUCAUGUAUAAUUUGGUGAGGUGCAAAAUUGUUUCAUAUCCUUUUUUAAAAAAAAAA